AACGGAGAGGGAAGGUAGCGGACUCCGAGGGAGACGCAGGCGCACUCGUCCUCUCGGGCCUUUGGCCGGUGUUCCAGGCCCUGAGGAACCAGUUAGCCAGGUUUUCCCUACAUGGGGGCGAUGACGGCUCCCCACCCAGGGACUCAGUGUUUAAGUAUUUCAAGAUGGUGAUGGCGAAGUCGGAGGCUGGCCGGGAUACUACCGCCUACUUUCGAAUCGCCAGACCCUUGCCUUCGCUGGUCACGGCCCUAGGACUGGGUUACUGCGCGUGGGUUGUAUUCUGGCCUCAGAGUAUCCCGUAUCAGAGCCUCGGACCCCUGGGCCUCUUCACUCGGUAUUUGGUGGACCACCAUCACACCCUCCUGCAGAAUGGGUUUUGGCUUGUCUGUCUGAUUCACCUGGGAGAGUCCUUGUAUGCCAUGGUAUUGUGCAAGUCUAAAGGUAUCAAGAAUGGUCGGGCUCAGCUACUCUGGUUCUUACAGACUUUCCUGUUUGGAAUAGCAUCUCUCUCCAUUUUGAUUGCUUACCGACCGAAGCGCCAAAAACAAACAUAAAGAAGAUAUCUGAAAGCUUACUCUACACCUUGACAUUCAACCCCACCUUUUGUGGUGGAUUCUCUGUUUACUUGAUGAUCUUUAUCCUUCAGUGCUACUUAUUACCCUCUAAUUUUCAUUAUUCUUUCAUUCAUAUGCUCCGGUUGAGCCUGAGUACACCAAUUGUUUCUAAAGAGAGAAACAGGAAAUGGUUCUGGCUUUUUAAUUCAUCAGACUAAUCUACUUGGCAGAGAACCUCCAGCUACCUUUUUAAGGUCCUUGACUGUAGUGGGGCUCUCUCCAUCAUUUGGAUUAGAAACCCAGCAGUUGUUUUGGAUUUCUCCUUGUCUGUCCAUCAGUGACCAAAGUUCUUUCAUGGCUACAAGAAAUCCUUCCUUUCCUUCUGCAGGCACUCUUAUUCGAGGCCCCUCUCACUACCUGGAUCAUGCUGCAUCACAAAAUUAAUCUUUCCUUCAGAUGUUCCUCCUUGCUUAUUAAGUCCACAUACUUUAACCUGGUACUCCAGUUAUACUAUCUUAAUUUUUCAACUUUCUCAGUCCCACUAUGUCCAAGCAAAGCUCUGCUUUCUAGCUCAACUAGGCUCCCUGCUGGUCACCAAACUGCAUUUGCCUGUUGGCAUACCUUUGCUCCUGCCUUCUGAUCAGAAUGCCUUACAUCUACCAUCUUAGCUCUCCUUUCUCAAAAAUUUUCCCAUCUUUCUGGAGCAAAGUAGAGCAGCCCUUCCACACACAUCAUUUCCACACCCACAUUUAUCAGGCACCUGAGAUGUAAAGUCUUACCCUAUCACAUUCUCUCAAAUUACGGAGAAAGAUAAGACAGGCAAAUGCUCAGAACAGGGCGGGCUGAGACAUUAGCACAGAGGACAUGCUGAGAGCCAAGAGGAGAGGACUAGGGGAUGCCUUUCUUGAUCCUGCCAGUCAGUAGCGACCCUUCGCUCCCCAGGCCCCUGGGACAUGAUGCUCUGUAGUGUGCCUGGGAUCUAAUGUCCACUGCCAGGUUGCUCCCGCAAGCCAGGCCCACACCUCAGACAGCUUUAUUUUUUUCUCCUCAGCACCUGCCCCUCUGGCUUUCACACAGGUGCUUUAUCAGUGUUUAUUGAACAAACAGGGGAAACUGACUUCCCUUUGUUCAGUUCCAUUCCAAUUUUCAUGUGAAAACUGCAGAACCCUUUCAAUGUGCCCUCAUCUCAAAGAAAAGUCCAAGAUUACUCUUUACUGUAAUACCACCUUUCUGUGGGUCCCUGGUGGGAAACCUGUAUUUUUUAUUCAGACACUUCCCUUCUCUUUCACAUUCUCCAGACUCUGUAGGUGUCUCCUCCCAGCUCUGACUUCGUCAAACACACACACACACAAACAUUCCUGUUUUAGAGAUUCUAACCUAUGGGAAUUACUACCUCUCCUCUUCACCUGGUUAUGCCUUUUUACUACUCACUGGUAGUAAUUACUACUACCAACAAGAGAAAGGUUACUGAUGCUGUCCCCUUACCCUGUUAGGAUGACUCUGUCACCCCUAGGAGACAUUGGGGCUCCUUUUCCAAAGGACCACCUGUUUGUUCUCUGGGGACUAGUCCUCAUUUCCCUUCUGUGGUACAGCAGGGCAGGUUGGCUGUAUUAAAGACUUGUGAGAAGCAACCACACCUCACCCCCAAAAAAGCCCCAAGUGAAAAUACAAACCUGAAAGAUCAUGAGCUAUGAAUUUUUAGUAGAGAUAAAUUUCUACAAAUCUCAGUGUUCCCGCUGCUUCUCUUAUGAUUAAGGUGUUGAUUUUUGGUGAAGAGCUAUACAUGGAAGUGCAGCCCAGACUUGUUAAAACCAUGGUCCUUUCCAAGGAGAAACCAUACUGAUGGUAAUAUUCUUGGUGCCAGGAACUACAUGGUAUGUUAUUGAAUAAAAAUGGAUUAACUUGAAUAAAAUGCAAUGAAUUGUCCCUCCAA